UUUAACUAGCAAGUAUGUUUGUUUGGUUACCACGGCAACUACUGUAGCUAUCUAGUAAACUUGCCAGCUACUUCGGUGGAUGUUUAACACAUGUUUAUAGCAGCAAAUGUGUUAAUGUAUAGCCAUGGUAUAAAAUGGAUAAUCAACUCGGGGCUCUAUGCAUUCACUGAAAAAUAAUGCAAUUCCGUGGAAGGUCAGUUCCACUCCAGUAGCACGUCAUGGAACAAACCUCCCACGUUGUUCAUUGUUUCCCAUGGAACGCAUAGCCCCCUCGUUGAUUAUCCCUUACACAAUGUAUAGUAAUCGUGGUCAUCAAAUACACAUUUUAACAACACCAAAAACAGAUUUACCACGUGAUCAAAGUUCCACAACACGUGGUACUUGAAUAAAAAAAACAUGGAGGAUGAAGUUGAUUGAAGAGGCUGCUGUAUUUUUGUGCUCUGAUUUACCCAAAUAUCACAGCUGUUAGUUUGGCUAGAUCAUUGCCUGUCUUGGGAAGAAUUUAGGCAGUAUAUUUUCUCUAGUGUGACAGGUUCUAGAACUCAGUGGCGGUGUUUUGGAGCGGCUCGAGGAGGAGCAUCAGCAGCAGCGAUGGAGGGGUUCGGGACUAUCACCUUCCCCAUGUUAGCAGACGAAGAAGAGAGCUGCAGUGCCUCUGCUGUACCAAGUAACGGUAGCUUUUACAGCACUCUACUGCAGGGUGUUUUCGUUGAAGAGUGCAUGGCCUCUGCAUCAGAAGACCGUAUGGCGUCCCUGUGCCAGAGUCAGCAGCAGUGUGUGAAGGCCUCCAUCGUGUCCAGCUGGCAGCUGGUGGAGGCUCAGGACCAGCUGUGUGGGCUGGAGCUGCACGGCUCUGAGAGUGUUGAGCAGGAGCAUGCCCGCGCCAUUGCCAGCCAAUCAGAGCUCUCCCAGACGGAACAAGAGUGGCGCCGGAAGGAGAACAUGCUGGGAGGCAGCAGGAGCCCUGUGCUCAGUGCUGACAGCAGCCAGGAUGUGUUUGACAAGAGUAUUAUUAAUUCAAGAAGUAAAAACGUUGAAUUGGAGGAUCAUGACCAGAGCAAAACCUUUGUUCAGAAGUAUGAACAGGAAUUUAGAUAUUUCGGCAUGUUGCGGAGGUGGGAUGACAGCCAGCGGUUCCUGUCUGACCUGCCUCACCUCGUCUGUGAGGAGACUGCCAACUACCUGAUCCUCUGGUGCUUCAGACUACAGGCUGAAGAGAAAGAGGCGUUGAUGGAGCAGGUAGCUCACCAGGCUGUUGCUUUGCAGUUUAUCCUGGAGAUGGCCAGCACCUCCCAGCAGGACCCCAGAAGCUGCUUCCGUCACUUCUUCCACAAAGCCAAAGCAGGACAAGAGGGGUACUUGGAUGUAUUCCAUACUGAGCUAGAGGCCUUUAAGCAGAGAGUAAAAGAGCACACUGUCAAGUGCAAAGGAGAGACACUCCCUAACUUUACAGAGCACCAGAGCAGCACAGCACGCUGUCGCCCGGAACCCGGAGAAGUUCUAGAAUCUUUACCCCCUGAACUGAAGUCAGGGUUCCAGCUGCAAGACAUGCAGAUUCUCCAGAAUGUUCUCAGCACCAUGAAUCCACAGGUGGCAGAGUACCAUGUGAAGCGCUGUCUGGAGGCUGGCUUGUGGACCAACCGAGAAGGGAGAUGGUCCAAGGAGGACGCUACUUUAGAAACGGACGAUCUGCGCAUGAUGGAGACAUAACGAAUGUGGCGCAAGCGCCCUCCACCUCCCCGUCAUUUCCCCAUCAGUUCAUGACACUCAAUAGAAUAUUACAAAAUGGAGGGGAAAAGGGCUGAGCUCCCACAGACUUAUUUUUGUAUGCCGCAGAAUCUGCGCUGGAAUGUGUCCUGCACUUUAUAUUUGGUUCAAAACAACAAACAAACAAAAAUAUUUAAGGGAAGACCAUUGGUAGGUAUUUUGAAGCGCUUACUGUACCUUAGCUUAUAUCGCUAAAGUAUGUCAUAUCUUGAAGGGAGUUUAAAACGGUUUUCAUCUACAGUAGGCUUGACUGGACCCGGCACAGUCCUUCCCUAGCAGGGGGGGGGGGGGACCCGAGCAUUAGAAUAAAACACGCUCUUGUUGUAAAUAAAAGUACACAUUUGUUUUUUUAAUUGAAGAAACAAAAGGCCUGUUCCUGGACUCGUGGUUCUGCAGUGGACGUCUCCGACAUGCUGUCUAAAACUGCUAUGACACCUAGCGUAUGUGGUCCAAACUCUCCUAGAAACUUUCCUUGAAACUCCCGUGUGUCCAGUUUGUCAUCAUUAGGCCAAACAUUGAUACUACCACGGUGUAGCUAUGGUGACAUAACCAUGCAAAGUGAUCAGUUGACUGCUAUGCCGAAUUCUUGUUUUUGUUACUGCUCGUCACUCCACAUCAACCCUCAAAAAAAAUGUGUCCCAUCACAGAAGAAUAAGCUUGUCAAACAUAUGUGUUUGGCUGCUAAACCUGCUCACAGACUUGAUUGUGGAAUAGAAAGAAAUGGUCAAACUUUCUGGCUGACGUAGCGUGAUUAACAUCCUGUGUUAGGUUCUGCUUCGAUGCUCCGUUUUGAAAUAGAACAGCUUUAAAACAACUGUGUUCAGGGGAAAUGCUUUUCAUACCAGCCAUAUUGGGUACUUAGACUUUUGCAGAGCGUCCAAGGUCAACAUUAAAUGGAAAGCUGUUAGUUGCUUUUCACAAUUUGUCUUUUUAUUAUAUUAGUUUAUUUUACAUUUUGAAACAGUUUGCCUGAAUACAGUCUCUUCCAGCAAGUGAGACUUGAUAAUAAAUAAUACACUUGUUAUGAAAUAGAAGUUUAAGGUUCAUAAAAGUAUACACAUUUACUAAAGUAAUUAUUCCUUUGACUGAUCAUCAAAGUACAGAUAAUGUGCUACAAAAAUACUGCAUGUAAUAUGCUGGUAAGACAUUCAGCAUACAUUUUCAGUAUAGAUUAAUCAGAUUACAAAUCAAAACUCCCAAGGCAUGGCCACGGUCAGAGAAAAUAUACAAAUAUCGUUAUUAAAACUAUGCAUCGGCUAAUUGCAGCUUUUUUUGAGAAUAUGUUAUCACUCCCGUGAUAACUUGUGAGCCUGGCAUCCAAAUAGAUUGUAUCACUUCACGGGAGUGCAACGUUCACUCUGGUUUAACCAGGCUAACAACUUAAAAUGACCGCUAUUCUAAACUACUGCAUUUCUGGUGACACGUGUUUCACUGAAAUCAUUGGCACUGUGUUUUUAUCAUUCAUUAAUUGCAUGGUGAUUCACUUUUUUUUGUUUUUAUAAUUUAAGAGACACAAUAUAUUGUCAUGUCAACAAUAGGCACUUGGCCCUAAAGAUGAAUUCAAGGCAACUUCACCUAAUAUAAUGGCACUUUUCCAUUUACCCCAUUAUAGUUGUCCUCUACACCGACAGACCACGGACUGGUGUGAAUUGGAUACAAACCACAUCACCUGGCAACAAGCUACAAUACAGACUUCUAUGGUCAUUGUUUGGCAUGACUAUAGAAGUUGGCCAGAGCACAAACAGAUCUGGGACCAGGCUACAUAUGGAAUGAACAGAGAUAGAAUGUGACAUUAGUUGAAUGUGUGGUCCUCAUCCACAUAUGUUGUAGUAGUAAAUAACAUGGUCUUAUAUAGGCACUGAGAUACUGUUACAUUUUGGACCAAAGAGUUGAGUCCCAUUAAAGUUGUGGUAAACUGA